AUGUCUGCUAGAGGGCUCUCUUCCCAGACACCCACCCACCCGUCUCAGGACGGCCCGAACGGCCGCCGCAGCACCGCUGCCGGCGGCGCUGCGGCAGCUGGCACACCCGCAACCGCAGGCGCAUCCGCAAGCACAAACACAGGCCUAGGCCACAACACGCUCGACAACUCCAAGUUCUUCCACCUGUUCCAGACGCCCGAAGGCGGCCCGGACCCGGUGGCAAAGGUACCGACAGAGUCGCUGUUCAGCCCGGCGGACCUCUGGAACACCGCCAACCCGCAGCUCUCGUCGGGGUCCCUGUCGACCGUUCCGCCGCCGGCGGGACACGAGCACGCCUCCAUGGGCACUGCCAGUUCAGGCUCCGGCCCCGCUUUGAACGUCGCCCUGGGCAUGCCUGUCCAGACGACGUCGCUGUCGGCGCCGUCGUCCUCCCAGCACCACCUCACCGCCCAAUUGCUGAACAGCGCCAGCAGCACCAGCGCCAGCAGCUUCGGCGUGGCGCCCCGAGACCCCACCGCCAAGCACCAGUCGUCUCCCAACCUCUGGUCCAGCAACUACUCGGCGUCUCUGCUGGACGAGUCUGCCGACACGGUCAACUCGGCGUCCAACCCGGCGUCCAACCAGAGCUCUGUGUCUGCGCCGGGCUCCGCAGGCAACAAUGCCAACGUCUUCAAGCUCUCCAGGUCGGCACGAUCCUCCAGGUCGUCCAGGUUCUUUCCGAGCCCGAUGUUUGAGUCUAGAAACUCAGGCGACCUCGACUUGACCCAGAAUGAACAGCAGCAGCAGCAACAGCCACAAUCCCAACACCAAAACAUUUUCACGCAGUCUCCGCUGAUGUCAACUAAUAGACGUACCACUAUACCCAAUACCCCCUCCACCUCUUUCAAUUACUCUUCUCCUUCGGGCUUGAACGAUCCUUCCCAGCACAACAACGACAUCCUGAUGUACGACCAGAACCUCAAGACAGGCUCAACAAACUUCCAAAACAUUCCUCCAAUCAGCGUGAACCAAAACUACAGCAGAAGCGAUACACUGUUCAACUCUUCGACCCCAACUCCUCAAUACGACCCCCCCAACGUUAGCUACUUCGACAACAAGUUUAACUUUAUCCCUCACCAUCUUCAGCAGCAGCAGCAGCAGCAGCAGCAGCAACACCACGUAUCAAGCAGCAACAACAUUUCUUAUUCAACCUUAUUUGGAGAACCAAACUCUUCCACUAUACUCUCACCACAGUUUUCAAAUAAUUCUUCAACCCCGCUGCCUUUCAAUACAGACGGUCAACUGCCAGUAGCUUAUAACAGCAACACCAAUUAUCAACUAUCUUAUCAUGUCAACGAAAACUCUCAGAUUUUACCAACUUCUAGCUUUGUCGAUAGAGACUUGAGUCUCGACAACGACCUUGAUAUCAACGAUUUGUCAGAGCUGAGCUUUGCAGACUCCCAUGCAGAAUCUCCAUCUCCAUCUCCUAACUCUUCUCCGAAUAAGGGUAUUUUUCAGCAGAGCCAGAAUGCUUACAUCCCAAAUACCAAAAUUUCAGGCACAGUGAAGCAUAAGUCAAAACAGAAGCAGAAAAACAUGAAAGAAAAGGAAAAGUUGACAUUCGCCGGUUCUCAUCCACAAUUCACGCCGACUUUGAACCUUACGAACCUCAAGUAUAACAAGAUAUCACUAGACUCUCCGCAUACUCCGUUGGCCCAGCAAAAUAUCAAUCAGAUGCUUGUGGCCAAUAACAUCAACAAUGCCAAUGAUAACAUAGAUCCGAUCACACCGCUAGAUGUGAAGGCAACUUUUGAUGAUCAAAAAGAUGUUUUCAAUGAGAUGGGAGACUUCUCAACUUCUCCCUCAUCUUCAAAUUUCCCAUCCCCUUCAAUCCCUUCUCUACCAUUAUAUGAGCCUGAAGAAGGUAAAGAAAAUUCCUCAGAGUAUUUUAAAGAUUCAGAUAAAAUAGCAACCAAGUCUAGAAUCUUACAUUUUAUUCAUCACAUCAUCACAAGACAUAACAUAGUUUACAGAACAUAUCUUGUAUCAGUUCCAUCGCAAACCCCUACCAAUGUUCUUCUUGAUCUGAUUGAAACAGUUUUUUACCCAUUGGGGGUAGUAACUUCGGUAGUGAAAGUUUCCAACAUAGAUGUUGAAGAACCCAAGAUUGACAUUGCAGAAAGCAAAGAUGAAAAAAAUACUUCUGGCGAUUUGACUAUAGAUUCUUUACAAUUCUCUCGGUUUAGAGUGACUGUCUCGGUUGCAGAUUCUGGGUUGACCACAUACUCUAAUCCUAACACCUUUAACUCGACUUCGAGCAACUAUUCUCGACAUGGUAGAUUCAGCAAUAAUGAAAAGGAUUCUCAAACACAGCAGCAGCAGCAGCAGCAACAACAACAACAACAGCAACAGCAACAACAGUCCCAACAUUCAGGGCCAUGGAAGAGUAUCAGGUAUACUCUAGAUGGACGGGAUGUCAAAAUGCUGAUUUACUAUGAAAGUGAUUCCAGAGAGCCCACGAAUACUACAUCGAAAGCAGAAGGCUUUUCAUCGGGAGAUAUGCACAUAAUUAACAGUGCGGAUGAUGCCGUUUUGAAAUCUGCCAAGGCUAAUGCUCAAUCCUCCAUGUCUAAGAGUUUGACCACUAAUAACAAGCUCGAUGUAUGCUGGUAUCCCGAGGGAUUCAGCUCGACGUUUCACAGACGUGGUGUUAACAACUUCAUGUUUGUGAGAGAGUUACAGAGUAAGAUGAUUGUCAAUCGUACCAGGGUUUCUGGCGGAGGCAUCAUUGAGAUGGGCGAAUUUCGAGUCAGCGUCCCUAUCGAGGAGAUUGGGUUUCUUGGUGAAAAUAGUAACAAUACCAAGUCCACUGCUAACGGAACGAAUGGGACGAGUGGUACUACUGGAGAAAGAUUGAAGCGUUCAUUUUUGGUGAAUAUUGAUUUAAGAGAACUUGAUGGUAAAAACAUCAUUACUAACAACAGCAACAAUAACAAUAACAACAAUAACAAUAACAAUAACAACAAUAACAGUAACAGCAACAACAGUUCACAUACACAUACACAUGCACAUAUACACACAGACGCAAGUCAUACGAACGGUAAUACAAACACACCUGCAAGCACGCAUUCACACGCACAUACGCACAUGUACAUGAACGGGAGCGGGAGCACUCCGGGCGCAAGAAAGAGCAAUAGUGGGGCUUUGAAUCCCUCCGUGAACGCCACAUCUGCCUCUUAUUUAGAUUCUACCGACCCAAACACAGAACGAGACAGCGGAGCGUAUUCGAUCGCAGGUUUGAACUCAGGGUCAGGUUCAAGUUCAAAUUCAGGCAACAACAACACCGAGCGAACUGGACAUGGAUACCACAAUCACAGCUACAAUUAUAGUAAUAACGGGAACCACACCCACGGGAGCCGUUACGGCAACAGCGAUAGCCUAGCUUCCGAAACUUCAGGGUCCGGCCUAACUCCGGUACAAACCCACAGUCCAAACUCGAUGCCAAACCAAGGCGCCGUUGACGCAAGCGGAAACGGACGUGGUGGUCGUGGAGGUAAGCUCGGCAAGAAACGUGAAGGCCGUGGCGGCUUCCGAUACGGCAGUCGACGAGGCGGUGGAGGAGGAGGCAGUCGUGGCAGCUUCAGAGGCAAGCAGCAUAUGGCGACGCAUAUAUAA